AUGACCAGUUUUCUUGAAGAUGAUCUCCUGCCCAACGUUGCGAAGAGAGCCCUUUUUGCACAGCGGCAAGAGUCUGCACGGAAGGACGUGGAGCGAGGAUUCGGUGUGCUUCAAGCACGUUGGGCAAUAGUGAAAGGCCCGACUCGUUCCUGGUACAUGCAUCAUAUCGCCAAUGUCAUGUACGCGUGCAUCAUCUUGCACAACAUGAUUAUUCACGAUGAAGGUGCAAGAGCUGGCGAUUGGUCCGACGAUGAAGCUGAAUCAAGCGCAGGUCAUGCAACCCCGACGGUCAUUCGAGAUUUCCCCUAUGGUGUCAAUGAGAGAUUACAAGCUCGGGAGAACAUGCGCAACCAACAAGCUCAUCUUCAACUCAUGAACGACAUGGUUGAAGAAGUUUGGACACGUAGUGGUCGUUGA